CCAUGAUGUCUUUGAACACUUCUCUUCUUAUUCUCCUCGUCGCCUCUUUUUCUUCGUUGGUACUGUCCCAAAAUGACUCGAAGAAGGGUGGAUUGCCAAAGAAAGUUCAUUUCUCAUUCGGGCCUGCAUACUUGAGAAAUUUGACAAAAGAAGAGAAACAACAAUAUUAUGCAAUCUUCGGAAAUAAGGAUUUGACAAUCAAGCAACAGGAAGAUCAGAGACUUGCUUUUGCUGAGAAACACGGAUUCGGACAAGCUAUCAAAGACGAUAUCAAACUGAAAGCUGGCAAUCACGAACUCAUCCGAAAGGAACGACCUGAAAUCAUCAAGAAUCUUUUGGCUGCUCACGAGGCAACCAUGAAGAUUUUCGAUAAUAAGGAUCAGACAUUGAGCCAACGGGAAGCUGCAGUUAAUGCUUUGAAGAAGAAAUAUCCACAUGCACCAUCAACCCUUUACUACAUUUCUCGAUUGAUUACCGGAAACGGAAAACAUCAAACUCCAUUCAUAAAGCAUCACUAGAUAAUUCAUUUUUUGAAAUUUUAAAAAUGAGUUUGUGAAUUUAUUAAUUGAGUAAAAGUUUUUUGUGUGC